UGAUUGUUGCUUCCUGCUGAUCGUCGGCCGCCGUCACCCUCCACCUGUUCGUCGGUCUUCUUCAGUCGUAUCUCCGUUCAUAGCUUCCUCGGCCAUAAAGAGAAGUCAAGGUUAGCUAUAUGGACCUUAAACCAUUCAAAUUAGACAUUGACGAGCUUAUAAAUGAGUUUGCAAAGGGUGGAUCUCCUACUUUUGCAGAAAUGAAGAGAGUGUGUGUUUCUAAAAAGUUCUCCUAUAUUUUCGAGGCUAGUCCCUCUAAAGAUCAGGCAUGCUUUAUACAAUCACUCUAUGCCUACUGCAUUGGUUACAUGGUGUCUACUAAUUCUCUUUUGAGUAGACUGGGUGGACUAUAUUGCCUAUAUUGCCUCUAUGAGACACAGCCAUUCAAGCCUCCUUUCAAGAUUUAUAUAUCUCUGGGAGAGUUAAAGAAUCUUAGGAACGUUGUUGCUGAGGCAAAGGCCAAAGAUGUUAAGGUAGUCCCUGCUGUAGUCAAGCGUAUGUUAGAUAGGAACAUGUUUCUUUUUGGGUUUGUGGAUGUGAAUGAAAGCUCUGCUGCGGAGAGAUUAGAUGAACUGUCCGAAGUACAAAAUGCAAGUAUCCAAAUAGCAUGCAAAAAGUUAUUUGCAAAUAGCCGGAUCGAGCAUUUCACCCACAUGGAUAUGGGAUUGGAGCUUGAGGUGGAUUUGCUCAAGCAAAAGUCAGCAGAUUAUGCAAGGGCGAAAGAUCUAGCUAUUAAAGAGGCUAGUGACAUUGUGGAUGUAGAAAGUAUAAAGCACAUAGCAGAAAACCAGACAUUGAUAGGAGACGUGGUCGGGAAGACUGCUGAUGACUGGAAAGCUCAGAAGGAAUUAUUUUAUCAAAAAACAGGCAUUCUUCAUCAGCCUGUGAAAGACUCAGUUGACGUUGUUGGAAAAGAGCAUGAUAAGUCCCAACAAAAAGUGGCUGAAGAGCAUGAUAAGUCCCAACAACAAGUGGCUGAAGAGCAUGAUAAGUCCCAACAAGAAGUGGCUGAAGAGCAGGAUGACAAUGAAGACUUCAGUAAGGAACUUGAAGAAGUGUUAUUGUCUGCACAGAACGAAUCUGACUUCGAAGAAUAGGGACUCCUUUUUAGGCCAGAAGACCAUCAAUGGAAUUAUUAAACUGUCAAGAUUAACUGAAAAAAGGGUAGGCCAAAAGCUCCAUCAAAAGCAACGAAAGUCCACAGACCCCUCAAAUGGCUUCUGUUAGGGAGAGAAAUUUUCAGUUGGGAGCCAUUCUUUUGCAGCUAAACUAUUUUAUACUUGUAAAAAUGGCAAAGUCUUGGAAGAUUUAGCUGUAAGUCAUAAGUAUGAUUGUAAGUGCUUUUUGGUAAUACACUGUCUUCUUAUAAUGUACAUUCUCUAGAAAUUCAAAAUUGUUCUUUUUAUUUCUCCAAA